CGCAUUUAUCUUUCUACUUCAAUCUCUAUCUCUAGAUUUUAUAUUUUUAUAAUUCUACCAUUUCUAUCUACCUCUCCAUUCCACCUCAGAAUCUCCGCUGAACCCCUCGAUGGGCCCAACAUGGACCCCUCCAAGCGCCAUGAGCCCACUUCAUUCACUGCGGCUUCAUCCACCCCAGCAACCGGCCCCCCGCUGUCUACAGACGACGCGACUUCGUCGACUCACAGACUGAGCCAUCCCUCUCUCCACGCGAUGUCUCUACCUCCUUCUUCCCCAGGACUCUCGUCGGCCGCCCUGUUAUCGCCCUCCGAUCCCCCCGCGCGUGCUGUCGCGACCCAGGCGCAUCCCACCCCACGUCGCAUCCCCAGCUCCAGCUCCCUGGCCGAGGAGCGUCGCAAGUCCUCUCCCAGCUUGAAGAAACGCUCAUCCACCGCGUCGCUACGUUCCAAUCGUGGAGCCUCCACCUCUCCCCGCCCCAGCUUAUCGCGACACUCCUCGUCCUCGUUUGGCACCUCUCCGACGAGCGCGUCCGCCACUCACCCAAACAUGGCCAAGAAGGCUCACCGAACAGUCUCAGCAGAGCACCCUGUCACUACAGCAGCAUCUAUCGCAGCAGAGUCCUUUCGCAAAGAAGUAGAUUGGCAUCAGUCCGCAAAGCUACAGUCGCAGACACUGGUGCUCGUCCAUGAUGCGUGCUAUGGCCAUCGCUUCUCGCGCCCGCGAACCUCCCGCGCGGCGCUUAACUCUAUCGUCGAGCGUCCGGAGCGCAUCCAGGCCAGCGUGCUGGGCAUUUCGGCCGCCUAUGUUCGACUAGCCCGGCGACAUGCAGGAGGCGCGUUCGCUCCUCAUCCCGAUCUCAAUCCGCAGCAGCUGCCCGUGCCGCCGUUCCACAUUCGCAAGACAGCGCGCACACUGUCGCUCAGCUCGCCCGCCGUCACGCACGUGCAUGGGUCCAAAUGGAUGGAGGACCUGAAGACCAUGUGCGAUGCAGCCGAAUCCCGGCUUGCGUUGAACGGCAAGGAGUUGGUCCGCCCUCGCAGCGCCGGCAAGGACAGCGCCGCCACCAAUGCCCCUGCUUUUCACGAAGGAGACCUGUACUUGUGCUCGGAAUCCUUGAGCGCGUUCGAAGGCGCCCUGGGUGGUGUCAGUGAAGGCGUGGAUGCAGUCAUGGGUCCGGCCCCAACCAAGCGAGCGUUUGUCUGCAUCCGCCCGCCCGGUCAUCAUUGUUCGGCGGGUCAUCCGUCAGGCUUCUGUUGGAUCAACAACGUCCAUGUGGGCAUCUCGUAUGCGGCCAUGACCCAUGGCUUGACCCAUGCCGCCAUUCUCGACUUUGAUCUGCAUCACGGAGACGGAUCGCAAGAUAUCGCCUGGCAACAGAAUCACAGAGCCGUUACUGCGCCACGGAAUGCGGCUGCCCAUCGAAAGACCAUGGUGGGAUAUUUUAGUCUGCACGAUAUCAACUCCUAUCCGUGUGAAAUGGGCGAGCCAGAAAAGGUGCGUAAUGCGAGUGUGUGUAUCGACAAGGCCCACGGCCAGUCCAUCUGGAACGUGCAUCUGGAGCCGUGGAAGUCGGAUAAAGAGUUUUGGGACCUGUAUGCCGCCAAGUACACUGUGCUGAUCGACAAGGCGCGUGCUUUCCUGCGCAUGCAUACCGAACGUCUGGCUAACACGCCCAAUGGACCUCCGCCUAAGGCAGCCAUUUUUAUCUCAGCUGGGUUUGAUGCGAGCGAGUGGGAGGGCGCCGGCAUGCAGCGACACCAGGUCAACGUGCCCACCGAGUUUUAUGCCAGGUUCACGGCCGACGUGGUGCGGAUGGCCAACGAGGAGGGCCUGGGGACGGAUGGACGGAUCAUCAGUGUUCUUGAGGGCGGCUACAGCAAUCGUGCAUUGACAAGCGUCAUUUGUACUGGGCUGGGGGAUGCAAAGGGCAGCACCCAUGAUGUGGACGAGCAGCAGAUCAACCGUCUUGCCUCUGAAAUGACAGAUCGUCUGGGCCUGUCUAAUUCAGCAGAGGGGCGAUCAGUGACUGAACCGGUCUACAACAGUGAGUGGUGGUCACCAGGCGUGCUGGAGGAAUUGGAGGCACUAGUUUAUUCGCCGGCAGCACCUGUCAAGCCCCGGGAGAAGGCUGCACCGACCUACUUGACCACAACGCAGUCAUUUUCUGCCAAAGUGGUCAAUCCCCCGCGAGACCGCAGGUCGACCGGUUCGCACUCUAGCCCGGAGCCCGAAGCACCGUCUCCACCCCCGCCAGUCAGCUGGGCCACUGCCACGCACGAGCUAUGCAAGGUUCUAAUUCCGACCGGUCGGCAAACGACAAGCUGUCAGCCAGAGGAACUCAACGCAGAGGCAUCGCGCCUGCGACGGGAGCGUCAGACAGCGGUGGAUGCAGCCUCCACGAGCGCGACCACGGCUGCGGUUGCAGCUGCAGCUGCAGCUGCGGCUACGGCUACGGCUACGGCGGCCGAGGACAGCCGGAUGAAGCUCCGCGUGCGAAAGCCCAAGCCCUCGCUGCCUCUGUCGCCUUCAGCCGAGACAGUCAAGCGUCCUGCGGCUCGUGGAAGUCGGAGAACCACCAUCGACACAGCUCCAGACACAGCCCCGGCUGUACAGACACCCGCUCGCGUGACCCGCAGGAAGAGCGCAGGGGCUGGCUCAGCAGCAUCGACCCCAGAGCCGACCGGGCCCAGACCCGCGACGAGUGCCACGGUGCGCAAAACCAAUACUUCACAAUCCAGCACCCCUCGAUUACCCUCGAGCCCAAAUACGCCUCCUGUGCCGCGGGUGCCGCCUGCUUUUCUUUCUGCAGAAAGCGAAGAGUCGCCGAAUCCCGAUGGGCCGCAAGAUGAUCUGGACAGUCUGACAGCCGGAGUACGCAAGCUGCACAUCAAACUAAAGGUCCCGUCGCCGGAAGAGAACGCGGCUAGGGAGAGAGAAAGAGAGAGACGGAUAGCGGAAGAGCGGAAGCGCACAGCGUCCAAGGCUACUUCGAAGACACAGACGCAGACGCAGACCCCCAAGUCACCUCGCAAGCCCGCUGGCCGGGCACAGACGAGCUCGGCUUCAAAGACGGCAUCUCGAUCUGCAGCGAAGCCUGCGCCAGUGGCCAUUCAUCCAGGAACAGAAGCCAAGGACGAGCCAUCGAUCGUUACGCCAGUGACCUCGUCACCGCCGUCCGUGGGCAAAAUUGAAAGCAACACCACCAACGGCUGGGACAGAGGCGAAUCCGAGGCUGCAGCUGGAAUGGUCAUGUCGCCGCCGCUGACACCAGGCCGUCCACCAUCGGCAUUGUAUUCUCCUCCAGGGAUGACAUUGGCGCGGGACGGAUUGCCGGUGAUGAUGUCGAGCGGGGUGAUUCCAUUUGCAGAUACCGUACGGGGAAUGCAGGAGGAGGAGGAGCAGAAAGGAGUGAAUGCCACACAUAUCUCCGAGCAAUCUCCGACCAGAUCAGAUAAAGUUGUGCACCGCCACGCUGAGUCAUUUGCCUCUCCGCAUGACUCCCGCCGGCGGGCGCUUCCAGCAUCUGCCAGAAGCAUUAUUAACGAUUUAUCCAAUCUACGGAGAAUCACUCCCUCAUAUAACCUAACUCUCUCAUUCCCCUCCCCUAACUCUCACUCCCAGUCAACCAUAAUCUCAAGAAUACCAAAAUGUCCCCAAUACCCACCACCACCCCCUCCCCCAACCAAAAAGCAUCAUCAGCAGCAGCAGCAACAGACGCCGACCUCGACGCCAUCGGCUCGCACUGCUCGCUCCCAACCUGCAACCAACUCGACUUCCUCCCGUUCCGCUGCCCCUCCUGCAAGGGGACAUUCUGUCUCGAGCACCGCACCGAAACAGCGCAUCAGUGCGCAAACGCACGUAUCUCGCCAUCACCAUCCACCUCCACCUCCACCUCCACAUCUACAACCCAGCAGCAAAAACCCACCAUCUACACCGCAGAUCAAUGCGCACACAUCUCAUGCAAAACGCUCAUCAAUACACUCACCGACCCCGGCGUGCGGUGCGAUCAGUGCCGGAAGGAGUAUUGUCUCAAACAUAGGUUGA